UCGUCUAACUCGUCUCUCAUCUCGAAACAGUCAACAUACGCCACAACUCUCAUCUCUCAUCUCUCACCUCUGAACUCUCAACUAUCAACUAUCAACUAUCAUCACUCGUCAGUCAACUCUCGUCUCUCAACUCUCAGUUACUACUUACGCGGUGUGAUCAUUCCUUCAGGCUCUGUCCAUGUUUGUUUAUGAGUGUUUUAUUCAUGUCUGUUUCAAUAAUUAGGUUUCAGAGAGAUAAAUAGAUUUCUAUUCCAUCUACAAUAGACCUCUCAAAUUGCAUAAGAAAGUGAAAAGUGGUGUUUCAGACUUGCAGUUGAAAAGAAUUUGUCUGCUCCUUGAACAUGUUAAAUGUUUGGAUAUUUUAGUCGAUAAUAUGGUAGUUUGUUAAUGUUGAUGAGAAUAUGCACUUGUUGUGCUCACAAGUCACAAAAGUUGUGACAGACUUGUGACUGUGAGUUGUGUCCUGCACUUGUUGAGUUGCUUCAAAUUUUCAAUACAUGUUAAAUUCCUGCACUUUUGAAGUCUGCACUUCUGAUUUCUGAAGCUUUUUUUUUCAAUACCUGCACUUCUGAAGCCUUUUUUUUUUCACUGUACUAAAAAUUAUCCAGAUGCCACAUGAAUAACAUGAUACCCCUCUGCCCUUUGUAAACAACGAGCUCAUGAACGGUACUUACUUUUCCAAGUGCUAGUUAUUAAUUUGGUCAUUUCUCUAGCGUUAAUUUAACAAGCACAAAUGUGAAUUGCAAUGUUCAUAAUACUGCUUUGCUUAUGGCCAUGCCUGAUGCCACAGCCCACAACCACAGGCCACUGUUAAUUAAAUUUGGUUAAACCGAAAAUCAAACCGAAAUAAACCGAACCGAAAUUGUAAUAACCGAACCAAACCGAGUUUAUUUCAGUUUGGUUUGGUUUCACAUUUUUGUCAUUUUCAAGGUCUGCGAAAUGGUUUUUGAAGAAACUGUAAAUAUUAUGAAGGCAAAAAAUCGUUCGAGCUAGACGAAGACGAAGACGACGAAGAAGAAGAUGUCAACAGAAAUACAUUCUUCUUUAAUUUCAGAAUCACCAGACGAAAACAGUCUGUUUGUGGACGUACUGCAUGAAGCACCUCUAUCCGGUCAUAGGAAGCCUACGAGCCUCAUUGGGAGUAUUUUCUACUGUUUCUUAUUGGCAGGCUUUGCUGUUUUGGCGGUGGGAGCUACAUGGAUAUUUCACCCGAUAAAAGGAUUAGUGUUCCCACUUCUUUGCAGCUGUAAUGUUGCCCUCCUUGUUGUCACAGGCAUUUUUCAGCAAUAUUUGGUCUAUCAAGUCAAGAAAAUACGGUUACAGGGGUACUAUAUUUUCAGCCAGAAACUGAAGCAUAUUAUUCGCCUACCAUUUGCUACAAUCGCAUAUGGAACCGCUGCGAUGCUGCUUGUCAUGGUUUGGGACCCACAUAUUGGCAUCCUCUCUAUGUUGACACUAUUCAGGAUCGUCAUGCUGACGGAAGUAGUAUGUGUUAGUUCUUUCAUGACAGUCUAUAUUGGUUGCGUUCACCAGUACAAUUCAUUGGAUUCCCAGCCCGAUGUUUUAAAGUCACUUUAUUCUCCACUUCAACCAUCAAGUUCUCUGGAAGGUUUGAGAUACCAGGACGGUGGUCGACUGUCAGAUCAGCAGAUGGCGUUGUUGCAAUAUCAGCAAGAAAAUAUACACUUUUUGGGUGAGGAGAUUCUUAGACUGCAAGAAACCUUAAGCAAAUUCGAAAGGUCUAAUGAUGGGACUGCACCUCAGGUAGAUCUUGCUCACCUGUUGGCAACUCGAGAUCAAGAGUUACGUACACUCAAAGCUGAGAUGAAUCAAUUACAAUCUGAGCUGAGGCUUGCUCGAUCUAUUGUAGAGGAGAAGGAUGCCGAGAUUCAGCGUAUUCGCAGUGCAAACAAUCAGUAUGUAGAAGAAAACGAGAGACUCAGAGCUAUUCUGGGAGAAUGGAGCAGCCGAGCAGCUAAGCUCGAACGUGCUUUGGAGCUGGAGAGGAUGUCAAACUUGGAACUGCAGAAAACAAUUACCACACUGAAGAUUCAAAUGCGUGAAUAGUUCAGCCUGACUAACUGCUAGAUCUUUUGCUGUGUACAAUAGAUCCUUGUGGUUCGGCUCUUCCUCGGACCUUGUGCAUAGCAGGAGCUUCCUUUUUAGAUCUUUUGCAAUACCAUUCUUGGAAAACCUAAUGGUCCCAUCUGCACAUGUACAGAUUAAGCUCAGACGUUUGCUCAUCUUUCAGACUUUCAGCUUUGUAUAGUUUUUUCCACUACUAUUUAUCUCAUAUCUUUUCUUCCUAUAUUAGGUUUCUUUUGGAUGAAUCUGUUCUAACAAUUUGCUUUCACUGUAAAUUAGUCAUUUUAUUGCCAUAGCCAAAGCUUACAAGGUUGUUUUCCCAAA